AUGGCUGGGCUUUUCCAGUCAUUUCGGAGCUCCAGCAUGCCUAAACGGCUGCUGCGGUAUGCUUUAUCGCGGCUGGAGCUCCUCGAUUCAGACGCGUUAGACAUGGAUAAUCUAGAUCUGGCUUUGGGUAGAAAUACAGUGUUUGAGUUUAGGGACGUUGGAGUUCAGCUAGAUAAACUUGAGAAGCUACUGAAACUGCCUAGGACGUUUGCGUUGCAAAAGGCAAAGGUCCUGCUCCUGCGAGUCACCAUUCCGAUGGAUUUCUAUACGAGCCCUAUAUCUAUCGAAGUUGAUGGCGUGGACGUCAAGUUGAAAGUGCUUGUGUCUGACGCCAAGUCCAAAUCAACCAAAUCUACCUCCGAUGAUGCCUCAGCCGCUGUACCAAAUACCGUGGAUCUUGCGCAAUCAUUCCUCGAAACGCAGCCGUCGGCGGAGCGAAAGAAACUUGAAGCUGCGCUGGCUGCCGAAGCGCAAGACCUCGGCGCAUCUACAGCAAUGAGCGAUGACAGCAGUGAAGAUGAGCCUAUCGUGGGUACUGGACAGCCUCUAUCGCUGCCGGGCUUCUUGGCGGGUUUUCUGCAGGGAAUCAUGGACCGAAUGCAGAUUAAAAUCAAAGGCGUUGGAUUCCAGCUGGAUAUGGAUAUCCCUGUAGACUUGCAUUCGCCUGCUACCGAACCCGUGUCUUUCCAAAUCGCCUUGGAAGGCAUCGAUAUCGAGGGCGUUACUACAAGAAGCGAGAAAUCAGAAGGAUCGCAAGCCGCAGCUCCAAAGGAAGGAAAGCGACAAAUCUCCUUAGACAAUGUCCGCGCUUAUCUGGUGUCCGAGGCCAACGUCUUCUCUACCCUAACCCGCUCCUCAUCCAUGACUUCACCAUCCGCUACGUCUUCGCCCCAUUCGACAAGGAACCCGCCUUCGAGGCAAACUACAUCCUUGUCGUCGGAAAGUCCCCAGGAACCUCAUUUUGCGCCAUCAAUAAUGUCAUCACGCCAUCACGGUCAGUCGACACAAUCACCUCGAGAGAGCGUUUAUAGCCAGCAUAUGACUUCAUCGCAAGCAAGUAUCAACAAUAAAUUUCUGCCGUCAUUGCAACGUAGCUUCAGAGACCACCUGGCCGACGAGCAUGAUGCGUAUCAGCCCGACUACCCCUUGGGAGAUAGUGAAGAAGCUCUUGGAAUUCCAUACGAGUUUGAAGAAAAUGAGGAUCAAGGCAUGCCAGACGACGAGUCUCCUGCGACGCCCCGCGCUUCAAUGUACCAAGAUUUCAACUCCCCCGAGGAUGCAGGUUUCCAUUCACCUGAAGAUCCUGCGCCGUAUUCCUCACCUCCAAGAAAUAUGUUCGAUAGCACGCUAUCUAGGUCACAAGAUGCCUUCGAGCAGGAUUUCCAACCGACCUAUCCCAUGUCGCGGCAACCGACGGAUUUUGAGGUGUCCAGUAAUUAUCGUGCCCAGUCCUUGGCAGAGUUGGAGAACCAAGACCAGUACGAACCGGAAAAUGUGGCCGACGAUCUCAUGCAAUCGCAUCUCUAUACACAUGAGGAGGCAGAGAGCAUGUAUAUGAGUGCUUUUUCAAAGGCUGAGAGCGAGGCUGAUAUAUCCGAGCUCAAAUCUUCAAAGCACUCAGAUGCAUCAACCGUUGAACAAGCGGUUCCGUCAUCAGUGGAAGAGGCGGCUCAAGUUCAGAUUCCUCCAUCUCCUCAAGUUCCUUCCUCUCCCGAGGUUCCUUUGUCUCCUAAGAUUCCUUCCUCUCCUCAAGCCUCUUCGACUCCUCAAGCCCCUUUGUCUCCUCGACCUUCGUCUCCUCAAGCUGCUUCACCCCCAGUUUCUUUGAGCCCUCAGGUUCCUUCGUCUCCUCGAGUGCCUUCACCUCCUCAAAUUCCCCAGUCUCCUCAAGUAUCACCGAAACCAGCCAAGGAAUUUGCCAUGCCUGGGGCCUGGGAUGACAAUGCAUCCGAAGGUUCAUCGGCAUCUGAUCGGACCAUGUCUCCUGAGACAAUGGCUUCCAAGCCAGAAGAGAAACUAGAGCACGAAGCCGACGAUGCGCUCAAGUCUGAACCGGAGCGAGAGAAGCCGAGUUCUCCUGUUUUUGGCCAGACUUCAAUAGCUGAGGGCGUACCGAUUGACAUCGAAGAGAAACUACAGCACGAGGGCGUGGCUACUCCCAAGGGGCCGACACGAGUUGUCAAGGAAAUCCUGCACCUCGACUCCAUCUCUAUAUAUGUGCCAACAACACACCAGCACAUUGAAAUAGAAGAGGAUACUUCCGAAUCAGUUGCCGAGCUUGCUAGGGCGAUGGGCAACUCGGUAUAUCCUCAAGCGCCUGGAGCCUUUUCCAUACACGCGCCGGCCUCCGGCUCGGUGUAUGGUCACAGACCAUCAAUACAGUCAACGCAGAGUGUUGAUAACGUUCUGGAGGUCGAUUUGUCUCCGGUAUCCAUCCGCUUCGAUACUUCACUCGCCUUUGUGCUUGCUAUGAUUGUCGGAAGGCUUCUCGAAGCGGUCAAACAGGAUAAUCCGGUAAAGGUCUCGAGCAGUGGGGCUGAAAACGAGCAACAUAUGGAUAAGACGCCAGAGGUUAAGGUGACUGUACAAGAAAUAUCUUUGGAUUUCCUGAGUCGACUUGGUGGAGUAGCAGAUACGCCUCGGCGUCAUCUGGACUCUUCGGCAUUUAUGUUUGCCCAUGAGGUCCUUCUUAAUGCCACCUUGAGCGGCUUGACUAUUGGUGUUUCACCGACUAAGGUACCAGUAGCCAGGGGCGGAACGGAGAAGCAAGAUGCCAUCCAAACAAAAAUCGACCUGCAAACUUUCCGCUUUGGAUACGCCAAAGACGAUAUUAUCUCCUUUGAUAAGGUCGAGCCGAUGAGUACUUCUGUAAGAGAUACUUUUAUUUCACAUGGGCAUGAUGUUGGCAUCAGAAUCACGCAAACAAAGAAAGGCGUCAAGACCGAGAUUGAAGCGCUACCAUUAGCUGUUCGUAUUGAUCUGCAGAAGCUAGAUGAGACAUUCAGCUGGUUUGGAGGUCUCAGUAGCUUUCUUAAUAUGAGCGCUUCAAUGACUUCCAGUCCAUCGCCUACACCAAAGUCGCCUCACAAAUCUGUAUCUACGCAGAGACCAAAGGGAGUCCGAUUUGAUACACCUAUCAAGCCUGAUGAUAAAUCCGCUGCUCUCGAAAACAAAAUCGAUAUGCGGAUAGGUGGCUCUUUUAUUGAGCUCCUUGGCAAAGAAUGCAGCUUUAUUGCAAAGAGCGGAAGUAUCUCUCUCGUCAGCCGAGAAGAGGGCAUGGGAAUUGUGUGGCGCACGAUGCGUGUGUCUGGGCCAUAUUUGAAAAAUUCCAUGGCAGAUCCCGCCAUUAUGACCGAGAUCAAUGGAGUCAGACUGGAAUUUGUGACAGUUCCAACCAAUUCAGAUCUCGAGAAGCUUCUCGAGCUGAUUACGCCCUCAAAAGCCAAGUUUGACCAUGGCAGCGACGAAAUCAUGGUUGAUACUCUCUUACGGCAGCGAAGGAAGGGUUCGGUACUCAGAGCUACAAUAGACACCCUGAAAGUGCGAGUUAAGAACAUGGCGCAAUUCGAGGUACUGCCAGCUCUAGCUGAAGAAGUGGCCAAGUUGUCUACUGUGGCCAAAUACCUCCCAGAAGACGAUCGGCCUGGACUCAUGACUCUGGCAACCAUUCAUAAACUUGACUCGAGUGUCGACCUUGGCGGAAGCUUUGGGCUGCUUAGCUGCGACGUCCGGGAGCUUGAGGCUGCGCAUAUUACCGUUCCAUCACUGGUAGCUGUUGCAGUGUCUGGAAUUUCCGUCCGACGCAACGAAACAGAGGAGCUUAUCAAUUCUUCGAUCCUGUAUACUUCAGCAGAGACUGCCAUGAACCGAGGACCAGUUAUCAUGGCGAGAAUGAUUGGCGACGACAUUGAGCCUGUUGUCAAGCUUAAUCUACAGGAUGUCAACAUCGAGUAUCGGGUUCCAACUAUUAUGGAUAUCCUUGGUCUGGCAAACGAUGCUACGCCGCAGGAUUUCGAAGAAAGUCUUGCUGCGUCCGUGGCCAGUCUUGGUGACCAAGCUCAUGCCGCACUGGCACGACCUCAGCCUCAUUCGCCGACUGAAGUCACUGCUAAGCAGAGUAAGCCGAUGACCUUGGACGUAUCGUUUCGAGAUUGUCUUGUCGGCCUGAAUCCUCUCAAUCAAAAAUCGAAGAUGGUCCUUGUAUUCACAGACGCCCACCUUGCCGUCACUCUUCCGAAGGACGAGGUCACGAAGGUGAAUAUGGAUAUCAAUAAGGCCUCAAUCUUGUUGACAGACGAUGCUACCCUGGACACAUCCGAUGACCGUGCUUCGAGGAACCCAAGACGGCGAUCGUCCUCUUCAGCAGCCCCUCAAGUAAUCUCUCUCUGUGCUGAAGGAUACGUGGAUAUUUGCUACAUGUCCUCUGCAAAAGUCAUUGUCAAUGUCGCUCCAGGUCUAGAUGGAGAGAAGCAGGUAGAAGUCGAAGUUCGAGAUGAUCUCUUGGUGUUGGAGACUUGUGCCGAUUCGACCCAAACCCUAAUAAGCUUGGCUAAUGCACUUUCGCCGCCGACUCCGCCAAGCAAGGAGAAUAAAUACCGGACCAAGGUGGUGCCUGUCCAAGAUUUGCUUGCUUCGAUAUCCGCAGAGGCAUUUGGCAAGCCCGAAGGGGAAUACGACUUUGACCAGGACUUCUCUGCCGCACGAGAACUGGCUAAAAGCCAAUUCGACACUGGUUCUGAAAGUGACGGUUCUCUCCGUAUUGAAUCGCAAUUUUACGGAGAUGAAACUGCGGGAGAAGAACUGUUCGAUGCCAUGAAUGUAUCCAUUACAUCUCAAGAUACGAGGAUGCAAGAUACCAACGAGGGAGUUUUAAUCUCUGGGCUUGAAUCUUCUACUAGCAACGCCUCGGAAGACGGCGAAGGUCUGGUCAUCCACGACGACUUUUAUAACCGCAAUGCCGCUGAAGAGCACACUGCAAAGAUUUGGAACUCGAAUAAAAACACUUACGACAGAGCCCCCGCGCACAUGGUAAAGCGCAGUCCCCUCAAAGUAUCUGUGAGAGACGUCCAUGUCAUCUGGAACCUAUUUGAUGGCUACGACUGGAUCCAUACUCGCAAUGUCAUCAACAAAGCUGUCCAUGAUCUCGAGCAUAAAGCCUUUGAUCGCCAAGCAGGGCUCGCCAACGGGCAGGUUCACGUCGAAGAGCUUGAAGACGAAGAUAAGAUAGAUGACUUCUUGUUCAACUCCAUCUAUAUCGGAAUCCCAGCCAAUCGAGACCCGCAAGAGUUGGCCCGCGCCAUCAACGAAGGCCUCGCUGACAAUAUGACGGAGACAGAAUCAGUCGCUACGACAGCUGUGACAGCAACAUCAAACCGGACUGUGCGUAGAGGUUAUCCUAAAUCUCAGCGCCUAAAGUUGCGACGAAGCAAACGCCAUAAAAUCACCUUUGAGCUUCGAGGCGUCAACGUUGACAUGGUUGCAUUCCCCGCUGGAACUGGAGAAACACAGAGCAGCAUUGAUGUUCGAGUAGAGAAUCUUGAUAUCUUUGAUCAUGUUCCCACAUCAACAUGGAAAAAGUUUGCGACUUAUGAUCAAGAUCAAGGGGAGCGUGAGAUGGGAACUAGCAUGGUACAUCUGGAACUGUUGACUGUGCAGCCAAUAGCCGAACUGAAGGCUUCUGAGAUUGUGCUCCGAGCGACUGUGCUGCCCCUGAGACUUCAUGUCGACCAAGAUGCGCUUGACUUUAUUACCCGGUUCUUUGAGUUCAAGGAUGAAAGUGUACCGGUUCACACAUCGCCAAGUGAUGUUCCUUUCUUGCAGAGAGCCGAGGUCAACGACAUUCCGGUCAAACUUGACUUUAAGCCGAAGCGAGUCGACUAUGCUGGGCUUCGAUCAGGCCACACGACUGAGUUUAUGAAUUUUAUCACAUUGGAAGAGUCCCGGCUGGUGCUCCGGCAUGUUAUCAUUUACGGAGUUUCUGGCUUUGACCGUCUAGGCUUGACGCUUAAUGAUAUCUGGACGCCUGAUGUCCGAAAUAAUCAGCUUCCUGGUGUUUUGGGAGGUCUAGCACCGGUGCGAUCACUAGUCAAUAUCGGCAGCGGCUUUAGAGAGUUGAUCGAAGUCCCCCUCAAGGAAUAUCAAAAGGAUGGCCGUAUUAUUCGGAGCAUAUCUAAAGGAGCCGCUGCAUUUGCUCGUACCACUGGUACCGAGUUGGUCAAGUUUGGAGCAAAACUUGCAGUCGGUACGCAGUAUGCGUUGCAAGGUGCAGAAGAGAUGCUUGGCACCGGCCGCCGACCUGAAGAGGCUUGGGAUGAUGACGAUCUCGAUGCAGAUGAUAAGAAGCAAAUAUCGCUGUACGCAGACCAUCCGACAGGCGUGAUUCAAGGCAUUCGAGGCGGCUACAGGUCACUUGCUAGAGAUGUGAAUCUGGCACGAGAUGCCAUCAUUGCGGUACCAGGCGAAGUCAUGGAGAGUCAAUCAGCCAGUGGUGCUGCCAAGGCAGUGCUGCGACGAGCUCCGACCAUCAUCUUCAGACCAGCAAUGGGCGUAACCAAAGCGAUUGGUCAGACGUUGAUGGGAGCAACGAACUCGAUUGAUCCACACAAUCAACGCAGAAUUGACGAGAAAUAUAAAAAGUAUUAA